AUGCCCGCCCCGCCCUCCUCCUCCGAGUUGGCGGACCUGUCCGCCUGGGCCUGGGUCAAGCGGCGCGCCUUCUCGAAGCGCCGCCGCCUCUUCCUGAAGCUCAUCGGCCAAGUCGUGUCGGCCCACGCCUCGCCCAAGGCCCCUGUCGAGUGGGACAUCUCGCUCCUACGCGCCGCCGCCUCCAAGUCCUCGCGCCGCCCCGUCGUGUUGCUCACGCUCCCUUCCGGCUCCGUCUUCAACCUGCUCUUCGUCGACUCCCCCACCGCCGCCGCCUGGGCCGCCGCCGUCGACAAGCAGGCCGCGCGCGACUUUGACGCCCUGUACACCCUCGACCAGAAGAUCGGCGAGGGCGCCUUCGCCAGCGUCCACAGCGCCACGGAGAAACGCACCGGCCGCCAGUACGCAGUCAAGCGCAUCAAGAAGAAGCAGUUCGACAUGCAGAUGGCGCGCGAGCUCGAGCGCGAGAUGUACGCCAUGCGCGUCACCGACCACCCCGCCGUCGUGCGCACCCACGACGUCUUUAAUUCGCAGACCUACGUCAUGCUCGUGCUCGACUGGAUGAAGGGCGGUACGUUGAAGGAGAACGUGCAGGCGGUGGGGGGGCGUAUCCCGGAGCAUCUGGCCGUCGGCAUUGUUCGCCAGGUCCUCACCGCGCUGCAGUACCUGCAUGCCAGAGGCAUUGUGCAUCGCGAUAUCAAACUCGAGAACGUCCUUUGCGAGACGGCUACCAUCCCCGCCAGGAAUGUGCGUGUUGCGGACUUUGGGUACGUCAAUUUUGUCAACGACCACACCGACGCAUGCCUGCGCUCGCUGGUGGGCACGCCGGUCUACGUCGCGCCGGAGAUUAUCAACCAUAAGCCGUACGGGUGUCCGGUGGAUAUCUACGCUGUCGGCGUCAUGCUGUACCGCAUGCUGUGCGGGUCGUACCCGUUCGACGCCGGCGAGGACGACGAGGCGACGAUGAACCUCGCGCUGGAAGGGUGGAUCUCAUUCGACGAGCCAGCGUGGGCUGACACGUCGAUCAUGUGCAAGAACUUUAUUCGCGCCCUACUGCAAGCCAAGCCGCAGAGAAGACUCACCGCGAAGGCCGCGCUGCACCACCCCUGGAUCGAGGGGGCGACCACGGCAGGGACCGACGCAGAGACGAACAUGAGCUCCCCCGUCAGCCCGUACGACCAGCACCACAAUCAGACCAUGAACCGUUACGCAGCGCGUCUGGAAGGGGGCUUCAUCAGCGAUACUGUAGACGUCGGCGAGGGUUCGAGCCUACUGCACCUGGGCGUCGGCGAGGACCUGGUGCUCUCCGGGCUCAGCGACAGCCCGCGGCACACCUCGCGACGGGAGGCCCGGCUGCGGUGGAGGAAGUGCAUACUGGUGGUGCUAUUUGUGAUUAAAGUCUGCGUGGCGAACGGCGCCAAGUUGAAAGCCGUGCCCAAGGAGCGACGGAAACCGGUGCCCGAGCGCGCCGCCCGACGCGACGCGAAGCGGCCCCCGCGGCUGUCGGGGAUGCGCCUGCGGGUGUUCUCUGCGUUCGCGCUCACGCCCAGGCAGAGGAGGGCGUCGGAGGCCGUAAACGACGAGCGCCAGUUUGCGGAGACGCCGAGAAGUCGCGGGAAUCGAGUCAGACGGACGCUGUCGCUGAACAGAUCAUAGCAUAGAGAGGGUUGAAAGGGGAGCGCUGAGAAACGCCGACCGCGAUACCCAGAGUAGGGAUAGAAGGUUUUGGUCGUUUUCGUCUUGCUACUGGUGUGCUCACUUUGGGCAAGGACCGUGGAUUUUGCUGCCUUCACAUUUUGCGCCUGGGCCUCUACAGAUUAAAAAGCUUUAUGGGCGGCUCAAUGUUGGCAGUUGAACGGAGUGCCGUCCCCCCGUGA